CAUUCUUGCCAUAUCACUACUCCAGCUCACAGUCACACAAUUCACGCCGUUAACAUAACAUUUUCCAUAAACUUUCUCUCUCCUCACUCUUCUCAAACUCUCAACAAUGGAGGUAACUUCCAAGAGAAGAGCUCACUCAAUCGGCGAUCGAUGUCAAACGUGAAAGCAUUCCACCACCAUCACAACCACAACCAUCAUCACAACCACCGUCAUGUAUAUUUCAUCUCCUCUCUUUGCCAUAGACGACCUCACUUCUACCAUUAACGACCCAUCUUCGAAAAUCAAGCUCAAUGGAGGGAGCUUGAAUGGAGGACAUGGUCACCCCUACCCUUAGGGGUUGACCAUGCCAUUAAUUUCACCCUUUAUUCAUAGGGUUUUCGUUUAAGAUUGGGGAAGGUUGGUGGAUUUUGGGGAAUCAUCAAUGGUGGUGUCGGGAAAGCUUCAAAGGUUGUGGAGAUGGGAAAGCUAGCUUCAAUGGUGGAAUGGAGGUUGAUGAAGCUUUAAUGGAGCAAGAAAGAGUACGAAGCUUUUCAAUGGUUAACCCAAUUGCGGUUACCGCGUCAAAUAAAAUGAUGUUUCAUCUUGCCGAUUCAUCAAGUGGGGGUCACAAAAGCUGAGGUGGAGAUUAUGAUUGACAAAUUUUGUCAAUCAUGAAGAUUAACUGGGCAAGCCCCCAAUCUAACCCACAUUUUGGUAUCAUAAUUACCUUAUAAGAACUACUCUCACUUUAACCUCCAUUCUUAUCCUCUACCGCCUCCACCGUCCUACCUUUUCUCAACCCCUGCUCGCCGGUGACUAGCGCUCUUUGCCUAGUCGUCAUUGGCUAGCCCAGUUCUCCUAUCCGUUUCCUUUCUAUUUUUUUUUUUCAUUUUUUCGUUUUUUGCUCUGUUGGUGAAGAAUUUAGAGGUCCUCUUCGGUGGUUCCGUUUUAUUAGGUUCAUCGUCAAGUGUUUUGCGGCUAGCUUCAACGAAUUAAUUAAGAACCAAAGGCUAGUCUUAACGCCGCCGUCGAAAGGAAUUUCGUUAAUUAAUUCCCGACGGUAAAGGUGAAGUUAAGGUUAGGGUUUCCUCGUGUAUCCAAGGUUAGGUUAAUUGAGGGGUUCUUUGUGUUGUCGUUGACGAUUGUUCUUGGUAUUAGGUUGAGUUUCUGCCGGUGAGGUUUUAUUAAUUUUUCGUUGCUUUUUCCUCUAUUCUCAUGUAAGUUUGAGCUUGUUUUGUUUUAGCUCUUGUUUUUGGUUUUGCUUUAGUUUAUUUAUGAGCUUGUUUCCUUUUAGUUGUUUUUGGUGUUGCUUUGUAUUUAUGUUGCUGUUUAAGUUUCUUGUUUUGUUGGUUGGGUUUUGGUUUUUAAAUGAUCCUCUUUCUCAGCUUGGCCCUGAGUUAGAGUUUCUUAGAAUAGUUCUAGCAUUGCAAGUUAAUGAAGUGUUGUCGUGGUCUUUUGAGCCUUGUUGGUUGGCUUUAUGGUUUGUAAGAUUAAGUUUUCUCUUAUUAGAUGGAUUGGUGGUCUUACAAAUAGCCUUGUCGAGGUGUGUGGUUUUGAGGGAAGAGUUUGGUUUGCGGGUCUUGUUGCUAGGUUAUGGGAUGAUAGGGAAUUCAGGCAAUUGCUAUCAUCCCUUUGUUAGUUUGGGUGAUGACAAGGUCAAUCAUCGAUGUUAAUCAAUGUCUUGAAGGAGGCUACCCAUCUUUGAUGUUUGGUUAAGCAAAUAAAGUCCUCCAUUUUCUUGCAUUCUCUGUUGGUAGAGUUGCAAGAAGAGAACCUGCAUGUGGAUGCACUGUUUCUCAUAGUGUCGUUAGGAUAUAUGACUCUAUAGGUUUGGUUCCGAUCCCAUACUCUAAGGAUGCAUAUUUGCUUUUUAAUCCCUAGGAGUGGAUUGGUGUCACAGGUCUAUUCUUUAGCAACAAGGUGCAUAUUUCGUGUCCUUCCAUUUCCCAAUAAUUUCCAUCACGAUUUCCCUUCGCUGUCAAUGCCAAGUUGGGUUCUCUUUAAUGUUUAUGAUCUGCGCUCUUGGUCCAUCUCGACUGCUUCAGCCAAUUCGGCCUCUCUUGGUCCAUAGUUUGGAUGUGGGUUGGUUCUCUUGGUUGUUCGGGCUUCGCAGCUAUUCGUAUGCCACAAGACCUUUUCAGUAUUUUGUUCUCUUCGUUCUUCUUGUAAUAGUUCUUAGAGUGUGUAGGUUGUUUUGUGUUCUUGUAUUAGUUUAUGUUUAGGUUGUAAUUCUGUUUUUCUUUAAUAGUUUUUUUGUCACAAAAAAAAAACACACACACACACACACAUUUUGGUGUUUAAGAAAAUUCUAGAGUAUAUAUUGAGAUAAUGGGUAGUGAUGUGGAGGAAGAAAAUGUGAUGUAUCAAACGGAGGAAAGGGGAGAAAAUGAAAGAGGAUAUAUAUAUCCUCCAUUCCUUUCCAUUGUUCAUGCUCUUCCAAGUGAAUUUUCCUUUUUCCUUCAAUAGGAAAUUAGCACAAUAAAAUCAAAAAUAAUAUUCCACUAAGAUAUUCCAUGUGCUAUAUUUUUUCAAGAAAGGUUGGCUUAGAAAAUCACUUAAAUAUCUUAGUAAUUAAGUUUCAAUGCAUGUUUUCCAUAUAAAGAAAUAUAGUACUACGAGUAGUGAUCAAUAAGCCAUGAGCCAUGACUAUCAAGAUACUUGGUAAAAUAGAAUUGUCAACUUGUCAUCAUCAUAUCCUUAUUUUCCUAUCUAACAACUCUUAUUUCUUUAAGUAUUUAGCUUCGAUCAAACCUUAGCAUUUACUAAUAUAUAAUUAAGCUACUUCUAAUCUAAAACAGAACAAGUCAAUUAAGCAAUCUAUGAACAAGUCACUGACCAUCCAAGAAAAAAAUGAGGCAGAAAAUUAAAAAACUUGAAACAGCAACUAUAUAACAUGGUAAGCUGGUACCUGAUAUAUACAGACAAGAAGAUGGUACACAAUUUAUACAUCAGUUGAAAAGAAUAGUUGAUAACACCGUGAAUCUGUUACAAAACAACCAUGUAUGUAACUAGACCUAUUUCUUUUUACAGUAAAUCCCCUGAUUCGCUCUCAGUUCCACCCCCUGAAGGUCCGAAUUCGGGUUACCUUGUUAUCCAAGACGAUGGUUCAUUGAUGCCUUCCUGUUUUGGUCAGUCUAAGAGCCUCGGCAUCAACGACUUGCCUCUUCCAUCUAACAAGAUACUUUUUACUGAUGAUGGGGAUCAAAUCCUUGCUGUUCCUGUUAUCAAUCAGACACUUUCUUCAAAUCGAUACUACGUUAUCAAGGCACAUAAGAAGCACAAAGGAGAAGCGUAUGCUUGUUCAAAGGAAGAAGGUAAAGGCAUAAGUUGCGGAGGGAGUUAUAUUCAAGAUGUGACACCUAAACCCUUGGAUCCUAUAGAUAUAUAUCAGCAGUUUGAGUUUGAGUACUCGAUGAAAGUUACCUGCAACACUGAAAGCAGAGGAUUUAUAGUUAAAUCCAUUGCUCCUGAUGGUCAUGCUCCGAGAUUUUUAAGAAACAAAUCACCUACACUCAUUCAAAGAUCAACUACAAACUCCAAGGAUUUCAUAUAUGAAGAAGCCAAUGGCCUUAAUAGUUCACUGCGCGAACAACUUCCUGACUUCAACUUCCCCUUGUCUCGUGGAGCUUCAGAACCUGUUUGUGUUGGUAAAUGGUACUGUCCUUUCAUGUUUAUUCAUGAGGGAAAGAUGAAAGAUCAAAUAAAGGAUUCAGUGUACUAUGAGAUGACACUUGAACAACGGUGGGAGAGGAUUUUCAUAACUGACAGUAGUUAUAACCAAGGCAAUAAUAAUAAGGUGAUGAUGGAUGUUGUUGUUCGAACACAAGAGUUUGCAGUAGGGGGAAAGGAUGCUGUUAUAGAUGAGAGAACUUCAGACAAUAAGGCGGUUUGGUUUCAGACCAUUGGUAACGUGGGAGAACAACAAAGUGUUGGGUUGAAUAAGUUGAUUUUUGAAAGAAUGUUAUGGGAGCAAGAAAGAGUUGGAUGGGUUAAUGGGAAGGAAAAGCAAGUGAGGAUGAUUAGAGAUGAGGAGUAUGGAGGAAUCGGAUGGUGGGCAAGAUUUGGGUGUUAUGUUCUUGUCGAAAGAUUUGUUCUAAAAAGAAUUGAUGGAACUGUGAUUUUAACUUGUGAUUUCAAGCACACUCGUCAAAUUAAGACCAACUGGGAGUAGUAACUAUUAUGCUUAGUUUGUUUAAGCAUCAUAAUAUAUACUAUGUUCAUGCAAAAUAUAAGUUUUAAUCUCAAUUGUAUAUUUCCUGCUCAUGCAGAUUAUGCUCAUAUAUACAUACAUAAAACUACUAUUUUCUUUAUCAUCAAA